ACAAUUCUCCGCAUCCAUGAGCUUAUAUUCUAGCGAACUUUUGAAGAGAUAAAUAUGAAGCCCUCAAAACUUUCUUACUGUCCUAAAGAGGAAAAACCUUGUAUCAGAUGGAUUGAAAAAUACUUGAAGGAUUGUCUGUGCAACCUCAAUGAUGAAAUAUCAUUUGGUUUCGGAAUUGCGAGUUUAAUUUGUUGGGCAGUGGCAGAAAUCCCACAGAUUAUUACUAACUUCAAUAACAAAUCUUCGGAUGGUGUCUCUUUGGCAUUUCUUGGCACUUGGAUUGUUGGUGAUGUGUUCAAUCUUCUAGGAUGCAUUCUCGAACCAGCUACAUUACACACCCAGUUUUACACUGCAUGGCUCUAUACAACAGUUACAAUCAUAUUGGCACUCCAAUGCAUUUACUACAACCAUUUUCUUCCGUGCUUGAGAAAGCGACGGAAAAUUGAAGCAAAAACAGAUAAAGAUGAGACUGAUGCUCCAAAAUCGAAGUUUGAAGAUGGAAGAAAAACAACAUCAAAUGUUCCUGUUGAGGUACCACGUAGGAGGGACUUCUACUACAUUUCAGCAAGAUCUUUGGCUAGCAGUGAUAGUUCACCAAUGAAUAAGUGUUAUAUAAAGGCAAGGAGCGGUCCUCCUGAUCUGGAACAUGAUUCAGACUCUUCAUCUGAAGAAGAUGAAUCAUUUCUUCCUUUCUUCAACAAGGCUGUUAUUGUUAGUCAGCCUCGAAAUAUUCCGCGUCUGGUGGGAUAUGGAACAUUUGCAGCUGCUUCUGCAAAUCUUCCCUUCUUAACAAGAGCUUUAACAGAUGCCAGUGGCUCAAUUUUCACAGGAAGGAGAUUUUUGAAGGAACGGGCAUUCCAAGAAAAUGCAUAUGGACAAUGGUUGGGUUGGUUGAUGGCUGCAAUAUAUAUGGGUGGACGAAUCCCGCAAAUUUGGUUGAGUAUCAAAAGAGGGAGUGUGGAGGGAUUGAACCCUCUAAUGUUCGUUUUUGCGCUCAUUGCCAAUGCUACAUAUGUUGGAAGCAUUUUAGUGAGAACCACAGAGUGGAAGAUGAUAAAAGCCAACUUGCCUUGGUUACUAGAUGCUAUUGGCUGUGUGCUGCUCGAUCUCUUUAUAAUCCUUCAGUACGUCUUUUACAAAUACAUGAAGCAGAAGAAAAGCCAGCACUGUGAAGAAGAAUAUUAUGGCGACUAUGUUGAAGCAACUAAACCUUCUUCAUACUGAUCCUAUUGAUAUGUAUAUCAUAUUUUGUAGACAAUUUGUGUCGUAAGGAGUAUGAAAUAAUUUUACAGGAGUAUAGAUUGUAACUGUUCAUGAUUUUAUAUGCUUGAUGAUUUUGUUUCUGAUGCAAUGGAAUUUAGUACUCUCCUC